AUGCGGCCCGUCACUCUAUUCAAAAGCCUUGUAGGCUUUCUCGCCUUUGGACAAUGCCACGCUGAUGUCACAUGGACCACCAUAGGCUGCGGGGCAAAUGCCCAGGUAGACGGCAAAAACAUUACUCAUAUGUGGAACAAUGCGGUAGCCUUGUCCUCUAAUGCUCAGUCUAAGCUUGACAAUCUUCUCAACGCGAUAACCAUCAUAUCAAGAGAAGGGUCAACUGCACGGAUUGCAAGUCACGUAAGAAACAUGUUUGCCAUCCAAUACCGGUUUGAUCGCUUUGGCGCUAUUCCGAGCGGAUCUAGAGGAGACGUUCGAACAAUCAGGGAUAAUUAUAAGCUUGUCGAUGAGCAGAUGAAAGGGAACAAUGGUUACAUCAUCUGUUCGGACGCAGACUUCAAGUAUACAGAUGAUGAACCAGUAUCUUCCGGUGCAUGGUAUGUUCUUCAACCGGGUACCGAAACUCGCAUUUAUCUAUCAAUUACCAUAGGUCUAGAGAACGGUGCGAACAACAAGCCAUGUUCAGACCCAAGCUUUUUGGGUAGAACCUUUAAGGGACAACAGAUUCUACCCGGCGGGACCUUACGGGAACAUCAGGCGAUCUUGUUUUGUGACAACAAUCACAGGGGCCGCAAAAAGGGUACUUUAGAACCUAACUUCGUUGCAGCUGGAGCCAACCCAAACCCCAACGAGUACGGUUCCGCUGCUGGUACUAUCUUACAUGAAAUGUUUCAUGUCGUUGGUCAUCGAUUUGGCGACAAGCCUAUACCCAACUCGCCCGAGACUGAAAACGUAGCUUACAUGUACAACCCCUGCUACUGGCUUGCCAUGGAAAAUCCUGUUGCCGCAAUUGAAAAUCCUGAUAACUAUCGUAUAUUAGCUGAGAUGCUUAUGUCACCUUCAACUUCGUGGUCACCUCCUGAUAAGCGGUAG